AUGACCAGCACUAACACCAGCACCAACACCAGCUCCAAUAGCGCCGUCAAUGUCUCCGUCAAACGCGCCCACGUCUACUUUGAGACUGGCCCUAACCACGUUCUCUGCAAGGUUCCCGGCCUUGACCAGGAUUCAUUCCCGGAGGAGUUCCAGAGCACCUGGGAUAAGGAUCACGUCCGUCUUCCUUGCUCCGACCGGACCUACCCCAAAGACGUCUCGAUGUGGCCUGAGAUCGUCAGGGGCCUGAGCGAGCCGAUUCUCACCUCCCAGCAGCUGUCCGAGGUCAUGCUCCGAUGGAGCAAGGGCAAGGAGAAUGGAUGGAAUAUCAACGCCCUGGAUGCCUUCUUGAACAACCGGAGCGUCGAGGAGGAUGAACGUGUCCAAGGAACCAGUUCGGAUGGAGUCUUGGAUUUAUCGGAUAAGGAGGCUCAGGCCGACUUUGAUGAAUAUACUUCCAACAAUUCUGAUCCGGAGGAGUAUGAUCAGAAAGACAGAAGGGACCAGCAUCUAAGCCAGUCAUUGCGGCACGAGGACGAACAGCAGCAGGAGGAACAGGGUACUGAAGGCGUCGCCGCUAGUAGCGGGCCACUAAAGAGCCAGUUCCUGAGCACUGAGGAGAGGCAGUAUUUUUUCGACGUGAUCUUGCCUCGUAUGCAGGCCCUCGCCCUUCGACUGCCAGAGUUGAUUAAGAAGCCCAUCCCAUUCUUGAAGCAGCAGCAUGAUUCGGCCGUCACGCUAUCGCAGGAGCAGAUUGCUUGCCUGCUCGCCAACGCCUUCUUCAACACAUUCCCCUGUCGAAACACCCCCUACAAGAGAGGCAGGAAGAAGAAGCCAGCGUUCAAGAAGGACAACUCUGGAACAAAUGUGGGUCAAGGGCAACAGCAGCACGCGGCCCAUAACGAGGACGAGGACGGGAGCGAGGACGAGGAGAAUGUUCGUCACAAGCCCAAGCAAUCCAACCGCGGAGGAGGAAAUGGAGCUCGUGGAGGUCGAGGCGGUCGUGGGGGCUCCGGAACAGGAGGUCGUGGAGGUGGUAAGAAGAAUAUCGCAGCGCCUCGUCCUGCCAUAAAACGGAAAGCCAAAGGUCCAGCUGCCCAGUUUGAGAUCUUCGAGGACUCUGUCGUAGACCUCUCGUCCAACGUCGAGACGCUCACAGUCAAGGGCAAAGAGAAGAAAGAUAGCGUUUCAGGGCCUUCGACACCAUCGUCUGCCGCAGUCGAGAAGGAAGAACCUGAAUGGGUGCCCAAGAUGCCGUCCAUAAACUUUAUCAGCAUGUUCUGGGGCGAAGAGAAUCGUACCCCUUGCACAACGGCUCAGGCGGCUAAAUUGAGGUGCAUUCUGCAUUACUUUGACCGCGUAACCACUGAGAUGCCCACGGGGACGGUCACCUAUCACAGGCAGGUGCUGAAGAAGCCCGCGUAUUUGGCACUAGGAGAGAGAUUAAACGGCAAGGAGUUCCGCUUCAGUAGUGUGACCAUCGACAGCACGAUCCCGAUCGAAGAAGCGCCUCAAGGAGCCCUUCAGCUCGACUUUGCCAACAAAAACAUUGGAGGCGGGGCCCUCGACCAUGGAGCGGUACAGGAAGAAAUCCGAUUCAUGAUUUGCCCUGAACUCAUCAUCUCACGGUUGUUCACUCAGCAACUUGAGGCCAAUGAGGCCGUGCUCAUCAAGGGGGCCGAGCGAUAUUCGAACUAUAUUGGAUACUCCAAAACAUUUGAGUGGUACUCGGACCACCAGGACCCUACAUCUCGCGACAAGCUAGGCCGACGGAUGACAGAAAUUUGUGCUAUUGACGCCCGGCCCUUCAAGUCCAGGGUUUCACGCUUGGAGCAAUUUGAGCGACACUAUAUCCUCCGCGAGAUCAACAAGGCCCUGGUUGGAUUCCGUAUCUCCCCCAUCAACGCGUCCGAAUGGGGUCUGGUCGGCAAAGAUGAGAACGCGGAGUCUAGCAGAGUCUCAUCGUCUGUGGAUAAAUAUCGCCCGAUUGCCACUGGAAACUGGGGAUGCGGCGCAUUUGGUGGCCAUUUGCACCUCAAAUUUAUUCUCCAGUGGAUUGCAGCCUCGAUGUGCGGUUCUUUCAGCAUGGAGGACGAGCGGUCAGGAGAUGAUAUGCUCUACUACACCUUUGGAAUGCACCAAUUGAAGGACGAAAUCGAGACAUUUGUCAAAUCGGUUCAGUCUCUGGAUAAGGCUAUGGACCCCAAGCGAAUCGUGGAGAGCAUCAUUCAUUACCCUCGACGAAAUCCUGCUGGAGAGAUCCAAGGAUUCAGAGAAAAGUCCUUGCUCGAGUAUCUGAGCAGCGCUAUUGCAUUUGUUCCGCAGGCGUAA